GGGGGAGGGAGUCCGGAGCUCUGGCCCACGUGACCCGCCGGGGGCGGGCGCCGGGGGCGCGCACCGGCCUCCCACGGUGCCCCUGCUGGGCUCGGCGUCGCCGCGGGGACCCGCCCGGGGGAAGCGCUGCGGCCCCGGGGCUGCGGCCGGAGUCGCUCAUCCCUGCAGCGGCGUCGCGAUCCCUGGAGCCGCCGGCCGGAGGGAGAAAUGUUGCUGAAGUGCUGCUGAAGGGGCCACAGAUGCCAGGAUUUGGGACACAUUUGAACCUUUAAGCUGUCUGACAUUGACCUCCUUUCAUUAUUAAUGAGGAACAAGCAGGAGCUUAGGAUGUAUUAACACCAACUCAUUAACGUACUAACCGGACAGUGUUCUGCAAACUCCUGCGCUGGAAAGGACUGCACUGGCACAGGAGACAAUAAUUUCGAACUUUCCCAGCUUAUAAUAUGACUCGAUGGAGGGCAAUUUGAUAAGCAUGAGGGAAGACCAUUCUUUUCAUGUUCGCUACAGAAUGGAAGCUUCUUGCCUUGAGCUAGCCUUGGAAGGAGAGCGUCUGUGUAAAUCAGGGGACUGCCGCGCUGGCGUGUCAUUUUUUGAAGCUGCAGUUCAAGUUGGAACUGAAGACCUCAAAACACUCAGUGCUAUUUACAGCCAGCUGGGCAAUGCUUACUUCUACCUGCAUGACUAUGCCAAAGCGUUAGAAUACCACCACCAUGACCUAACUCUUGCAAGGACUAUUGGAGACCAGCUGGGAGAGGCUAAAGCCAGCGGCAAUCUUGGAAACACCUUAAAAGUGCUUGGGAAUUUUGAUGAAGCAAUAGUGUGUUGCCAGCGACACCUGGACAUCUCCAGAGAACUUCAUGACAAGGUGGGAGAAGCCAGAGCACUCUACAAUCUUGGAAAUGUCUAUCACGCCAAAGGGAAAAGCUUUGGUUGCCCUGGUCCCCAGGAUGUGGGCGAGUUUCCAGAAGAAGUGAGGAGUGCCCUACAAGCAGCGGUGGAUCUCUACGAGGAAAACCUGUCGUUAGUAACUGCCCUGGGUGACCGAGCAGCGCAAGGACGCGCCUUUGGGAACCUUGGCAACACGCACUACCUCCUGGGCAACUUCAGGGAUGCGGUCAUAGCUCACGAGCAGCGCCUCCUGAUUGCGAAAGAGUUUGGAGAUAAAGCGGCUGAAAGGAGGGCGUACAGCAACCUUGGAAACGCGUACAUAUUCCUGGGCGAAUUUGAAACCGCUUCCGAAUACUACAAGAAGACGCUGCUGCUGGCUCGACAGCUUAAAGACAGAGCUGUGGAAGCUCAGUCCUGCUACAGCCUUGGGAACACGUACACUCUGCUUCAGGACUAUGAGAAGGCCAUCGACUACCACCUCAAGCACUUAGCAAUCGCCCAGGAGCUCAAGGAUCGAAUUGGUGAAGGAAGAGCAUGUUGGAGUUUAGGAAACGCAUACACAGCUCUAGGAAAUCAUGAUCAAGCAAUGCAUUUUGCUGAAAAGCACUUGGAAAUUUCAAGAGAGGUUGGGGACAAAAGUGGCGAGCUGACAGCACGGCUGAACCUCUCAGACCUGCAGAUGGUUCUGGGUCUGAGUUACAGCACAAAUAACUCCCUGAUGUCUGAAAACAUUGAAAUUGACAGCAGCCUACACAGUACACGCUCCAAGCUGGGACGAAGACACAGUAUGGAAAAUAUGGAACUUAUGAAGCUAACACCAGAAAAGGUACCAAAUUGGAACAGUGAAAUUCUCGCGAAACAGAAACCUCUCAUUGCCAAACCUUCUGCAAAGCUGCUGUUUGUUAACAGACUGAAGGGGAAGAAGUACAAAGGCAGCACUGCCACUAAGGUUCUUCAUGAUGCCAGCAACUCCAUCGACCACCGCGUUCCCAGCUCUCAGAAGAAAACCAGUGCAGACACUACUGGAGAUGAAGGAUUCUUUGACUUACUAAGACGAUUUCAAAGCAAUAGGAUGGAUGACCAGAGGUGCUACUUGCAAGAAAACUGCCGCACGGCAUCCACAGCGGCUUCUGCUACCCCCAAGAUGAAGAAAGCACCAUCGGUUUCUGUGGUAUCCCCCAACACAGAUGAGUUUUUAGAUCUUCUUGCCAGCUCACAGAGCCGCCGUCUGGAUGACCAGAGGGCCAGUUUCAGUAACUUGCCAGGGCUCCGUCUGACAAAAAACAACAAUCAGUCCGUACUUGAGCGCCUGAUAACAAAUGACAAGAAAGAGCCUGAUGAAGAUUUCUUUGACAUCCUUGUAAAGUGUCAAGGAUCCAGAUUAGAUGAUCAAAGAUGUGCUCCACCACCUGCUGCCACAAAGGGGCCCACUGUCCCCGAUGAAGACUUUUUUAGCCUCAUUUUACGCUCUCAAGCUAAAAGAAUGGAUGAACAAAGAGUUCUGCUGCAGAGAGAUCCAAACAGAGACACUGAGUUUGGACUAAAGGAACUUCUGCAAAAUAAUGCUUUGUUGGAAUUUAAGCAUUCAGGAAAAUAACUAGCAAACCACUAGCUGCUGUGCUAUUUCCUACUAAAGAAAAGACUAGUUCUAUCAGAACACUGCAGGGAAAUUCAACUUUUUCCAAAGGAGGAAACUACACAGCACUGUAGUAGUUAUCAUAUUCUUAGGGUGUAAAUGUUGAAGUACUAAAGACUGACAUUCUUCUAGACACUUGUUUCAGGGCAGAAUGUCCUGUAUGGUGCUUCAUCAACUUACCUUGGGGAUUUUGCUUGGGCAACUUGUUAGAUUCUUUGACUAGGGUAGAAUUCAAUCCUUUUACUGAGGUCAUUUUUUAAGGUUCUAGUUGACAAUGACUUUUUUAUACUUACCCAUGAAUAUAGUGGAUUGCAUUGUUUAUUGAAAAUAAUGUAAAUGUCCUAUGUAAAAAAGAUGAAAAAUAGUCAUAAAAUUCUAGUUUCUUUAAGAAAACUAUAUUCAAUAUAUUUUUAGACAAAUCCAGUCGGGGAGAUAAGAAAUAAACUACUUUUAGCAUGC